AUGGUGUUGCCGCCCCCAGACAAACGCCACGUGUGCCUGACCACCAUCGUCAUCAUGACCAGCAUGGCCUUCAUGGACGCCUACCUGGUGGAGCAGAACCAGGGUCCUAGAAAGAUUGGGGUGUGUAUUAUAGUGCUGGUAGGAGAUGUAUGCUUCCUCAUAGUGCUGCGAUAUGUGGCAGUGUGGGUCGGUGCAGAGGUGCGCACCGCCCGACGAGGAUACGCCAUGAUCCUGUGGUUUCUGUACAUCUUUGUCCUGGAGAUCAAACUCUACUUUGUCUUCCAGAAUUGCAAAGCUGACAGGAAGAGUCUGGAGACAGUGGCACGGAAGGCUCUGACAUUAUUAUUAUCUGUGUGCGUACCAGGUUUAUACUUGGUUCUAGUGGCUCUAGAUAGCAUGGAAUAUGUAAGAACUUUCAGAAAGAAGGAGGACAUGAGGAGCCGUCUGUUCUGGGUGGCCCUGGACCUGCUGGACCUGCUGGAUAUCCAAGCUAACCUGUGGGAGCCCCAGCGGACAGGCCUGCCCAUCUGGGCCGAGGGCCUGAUGUUCUUCUACUGCUACAUCCUGCUGCUCAUCCUGCCCUGCGUGUCACUCAGUGAAAUCAGCAUGCAGGGGGAGCACAUGUCGCCCCAGAAGAUGAUGCUCUACCCAGUCCUGAGUCUGGUCACCAUAAAUGUGGUCACCAUCCUUAUACGCGGCGUAAACAUGGUCCUGUUUCAGGACAGCCGCGUUUCCACCAUCUUUGUCGGCAAGAACGUGGUGGCCAUCGCCACCAAGGCGUCCACCUUCCUGGAGUACCGCAGACAGGUGAAGGAGUUCCCCCACCCACAGAACGCCAUGGCACUAGAGCUGCAGCAGAACUCUGUCAGCCACACACAGCCGCUGCCCAACGCCACCAGUUUGCCACACGAACCUUCGCCAGCGCAGGACGUCAUCGACACAUGA